GAUGAUUUUUUAUAAAAUUUUAUCAUUUGCUUGUAUUUUACAAUUGACUAACUGUCUAUUCAACAUUUCUGAUCAAUGUAAUGUUGUUGUUCAUGAACGAAUACGUAUAGGAAAUGAUGAUAUAACUCUAGACGAAUGUACAAGUGGUAAUAGUAAAAAUUUUUGUUGCUUUGAGCCUGGUUAUGGUUGCUACAGACCCAAAUUAAGUAUACCUGGCUUUACUUAUAGACAUGGUAUGCUGACCGGUUAUGAUUCACUUGGAGUAGCAACCCCUGAUUUAGAAGAUCCUGAAGAUUGCGCAAAAUACUGCUUAGCAUUGCAUAAUUGCAUGGGGUUUACAAUGACAGAGACUCCCCAUCUUGGAAGAUACUGUUUCCCUAAAAGUAAUUCUUUUUUUACAACAGCUGCUCCCUCGGCUAUGCCAAAUAUGCUAUCUUAUGAUAGAUUUGGAUUUGGCUAUACCACUUGUGAACAAGGCGAAUGUACAGAGACAGCGCUAUAUACUGGAAAUGAAAAUUUUGCUGCUUGUCUUCAAAAGUGCCGAGAAAAUAGUAAUUGUGAAUAUUUUAUUCUCAGUUCUGGUCUUUGUAAACAUGUACAAACAUGUACUAUUAAUAAAAAUUCUGUAAAUAGGGUUACCUGUUCAAAAUCUGUUUUGAAAGUUAAACCUCACUUUCAAGAUAAUUUAGAACUUUUUAACAUUUUAUCAGAUUCAAAUUCUUCUACAUGUACAGAAUCUUUAGAAUUUUCUAAUGGUAUCAGAUAUCCAUUUCCAAAUGUAGACAAGACAUUGGGACCAUUCUCAGUUGAGGUUAGAGGAAAAAAUCUAAAUUGUAAUGAUGAAAGGGAAGAAAAUUUAUUUGUUUAUGUUCCAACAACACCUCAAUUUGAAACUAAUUUUGUAGGCCAAUUUUUGAAAUGUGAUAUACAAUUGUCGAGUCAAACACAAUGUCAAUUUAUUUGUAAGUGUAAAAGUCAAUUUUGCGAUAGUGUUUUUGUACAAAUUUUCAAUUCAACUUCUAAUGUUCAGCUGUGUGAUGUGGUUUUUUAA